GCAGUUGAAGGCGUUGCAAAUAGGAUUGUGGUGGAUAGUUUGUUGUUCUUCAAUGAGUUCAAUUGCAGCCAUAUAUUGUCCAGCAUCUAUUAAUACGGUAGUAAAUGUAAGAAGAUGUCCGAGAACAAGUUUCGAAUGGAAAAACGCAUCAAUUUAUAAAAACUGUACAAGCGAGAUACGAAGUUGUGUACGACAAACCGACUUUGUGUACCACUGUGUCAUAAAUACGUACCUCAACGCCACAGUCGAGGUUUGUGCAUCCUCUACAAACAUCUUAGGAAAUACUUGUGCUGAGUUCAACAUGGAAGGAGCCAGGAUACAGGGACAUGUUGACACAGUAUGUACGUCCUGUCCUUUCAGAUAUCCAUCAACAGAUGCAUACAAAUUCCAGAGCUGCUACAAUUUAAUCAAGAGAGUCCAACUUCCAACAACUGCGGAGAAAAUACUUUCAACUUUACCAUCCUUACAAAAUACAACAUUACCAUCCUUACAAAAUACAACUUUACCAUCCUUACAAAAUACAACCUUCACAAUGAGUCCUGUGUAA